AUGAUCCUCCUCCCCAUCAUCUCUCCUCUCGCUCUCCUCCCUCCUCUGCUCCUCCUCCCUCCUCGGGGACAGAGGGCCGGGUUCAACCUCCCUCGUCAAAGGUCGGGCUCGUCUGUCGUCCACACUGAAGAUGAACGGGACACUAGAUGCACUCAAGCUUCAUACCAGACACAACUGCGUGCAAAGUUCUUAGCAGAGCUGCGAGGAGGCUCCACUGGCAAUCGCCGCGUUCCAAACGCCGUAGAGCAGGCGGGCAACUUGCUGAUCAUGGACUACCUGCAGCAAGUCGGCUUCAUGCACACAGCAUCUGUGUUUGCACCUGAGAGCGGAAUACAGCAGUACAUCGGAGGAGGAGGAGGAGGAGGAGGAGGAGGAGGAGGAGGUAACAAGUUUGUGGAGUCAUUCUUGGACCUGUUGCAUCUUCAUCCCGACAACAAACUCUACCAAGUGAUCCAGCGGGCACCGCAAGACUCUUGUGCCUUGAGCACCCUCCUAGAACACAUCAUGCGCACUUCCAUGCAGCCGCAGCACACGAGGAACGCGGACUGUCAGACGGUGACGAUGGAGCUGGCCACGUUCGACAGAAAGAUGGAGUUGAUAAACGAAAGAUAUCGAGGGAUGGCCAGCGAGAACGCACUGACGCCCCUCAAGACACUCGAGGAGAAGUUGGCAAAAUUCCAGAAGGAGGCGGAUGAGCGGGUGAAGGUUGAAGUAGAGGAAGCUGUUGCUCGGGUGAGGCAGGUCGAGAUGAGCAAGAUGCGGCUGGAGGAGCAGAUGAAAUACUCGCAGCUGCUGGAGCAAACCCGAGAAGACCUCGAGCACAACUACCAGAAGAAGUUGGAGAGCAUGAGGACAAGGGAAGCUGAAACCAGCGCGAAGAUGCUGCAGAAGGAGAAGGAGGUGGAGCAGCAGUUUUAUCAUCAUCGGCAGAGGAUGCUGGCGGACCUGGAGGAGCUGAGGAGGAGGGAGGGAGAGCUCAGGAAGGAAGAGGAGUUCUCCAGAAUGCGCAUUGCAAAGAGCGAGAGCCGGUGCAAGGAGCUCGAGCAUGCCCUUGAAUUGAAGCUCGUAGAGGUUGAGAAGAAGAGGGUGGAGGAGGACAGGAGGAGAGAUGAAAACGUUGCGCGGGAGAGGAGUGAGCUGAAGAAGAAGGCGGAGGAGGAGGAAAAGCGUCUAAGAGAGGGGAGGAAGGAGCUUGAGGAGCAGAAGCUGCAGCUGAAGAUGGCGGAGGACGCGUUCGGAAGUGCCAUGAACGAGGCGCGGCUGGCGCGAGAGGAAUGUCUUGUGCUGCAGGCAGAGAACGAGAGCCUGACGAAGAAGCUUGAGAAGUCGCAGAGAGAGCUGAAGGAGCUGCAGGACUUCAACGUCGAGCUGCGCGAGCAGGUCAAGCAGAGGGAGGGCGAGUGCGAGAGGCUGCAGGAGAGGAUGGCGGAGCUGCAGGUGGAGCAGGAGAGGAGGGGGGAGAGGAGCAGGACGACGAGCCAGAGCUACGAGGCCAUCGGCAGCCAGCUGGAGGAGAUGAGGUCUAGCUUCAGCCGCGAGAGGCUGCUGAAGGAAAAGCAGACUCUGCAGCUGGAAAACCAGCUGAAGUCGGCGAGGAGUGAGAUCAUCUCGCUGCAGCACCAGCUGUCGUCCCUCCAGAGGGACAACGACGAGCUGAGCAGGUGCAUGAGGGAGAAGGAGGAGGAGCUGAUGGAAGGCAGGAGGGAGCUCGGGGAGAGCAGGGUGAGGAUGAAGCCGCCUGCUCUCCUCCCCCCCGAGCCCUCCCACGGCAGCUCCCACCCUGGGAGGACGAGGAGGGAGGAAAGGGUCCAGCACGAGGAAAGUCAGAGCAGGGAGAGCGGAAGCAAGGAGGAUGCGUGGGAGUUUGACAUGAAAAGAAUCCUCUCUGUCAUCAACGACCUCGACCACGAGAACGACAUGCUGCGCAAGAACAGGGAGCGAUACCUUGCGGAGAGGAGGAGAGAGAAAAUGCUAAGGUCUUUUGAGGCCGCAUCCUCCCAGCCGGGCAAGGGAUGGACGGAGACGUCCAGGAGGAAGGAGGUGAAGGAAGAGGAAGAGGAGGCGAAGAGAGCGACGCACAAGGUGAGGGCGACGAGGACAGAAAGCGAGAGGACGAUGAGAGAAGACAAGGACGGCGAGGAUCGCGGGCCAUCUCUACAUGUACAGGAAGGCGAUCUGUCGAUCGAAGAGAUGGAGUUUUCAACUUCGUCUUCUCUAAGACAAGAAGACGGACAAUGGAAAAUUCAGGACAAGGGGUCAAGUCACCAGCUGGGGUCGACGACUGAUGAGGAGGCGAGGUGGAAGGAGGAAGAGGCGAGGAAGAAAGCGGAAGAGGAAAAGGAUGAAGCAAGAAAGGCAGCCGCAGCGGAGCAAGCAAAGCGCAAGGAGGAGGACGCGAUCAGAGCAGCGGCUGCGGCGGCGGAGGAAGCGAGGAGGAAGGAGGAAGAGGCGACAAGAAAGGCAGCCGCAGCAGAGCAAGCAAAGCGCAAGGAGGAACAGCGGAAGAAGGAGGAGGAAGAAGCAAGGAAGAAGGAGGAGGCGGAAGAAGCAAGGAAGGAGGAAGAAGCAAAGAAGAAGGAGGAGGAAGAAGCAAGGAAGAAGGAGGCGGAAGAAGCAAGGAAGGAGGAGGAAGAAGCAAGGAAGAAGGAGGAGGCGGAAGAAGCAAGGAAGAAGGAGGAGGCGGAAGAAGCAAGGAGGAAGGAGGAGGCGGAAGAAGCAAGGAAGAAGGAGGAGGCGGAAGAAGCAAGGAGGAAGGAGGAAGAAGCAAGGAAGAAGGAGGAGGCGGAAGAAGCAAGGAAGAAGGAGGAGGCGGAAGAAGCAAGGAAGAAGGAGGAGGCGGAAGAAGCAAGGAAGAAGGAGGCGGAAGAAGCAAGGAAGAAGGAGGCGGAAGAAGCGAGGAAGAAGGAGGAGGCGGAAGAAGCAAGGAAGAAGGAAGAAGAAGCGAGGAAGGAGGAGGAAGAAGCAAGGAAGAAGAAGGAGGAGGAAGAAGCAAGGAAGAAGGAGGCGGAAGAAGCAAGGAAGAAGGAGGAAGAAGAAGCAAGGAAGAAGGAGGAGCGGAGGCAGCAGGAAGCGAGAAGGCUCGAAGAGGAGGAGGCGAGGAAGAAGGAGGAGGCUCGGCUAAUCGCGAUGGAGCGAGAGGCUGUCGAGGCGAUGAAGCGCAAGGAGGAGGAGGAGGAGAAGGUCCGUCGGGAAAAGGAGCAGGUCAGGCACCGGCGGGAUGUAGAGGAGCAGCUGGAAGACGCCAGGAAGCAUCUUGCUGUGUUCGACUUGGUGCGAGCAGAGGAGGCUCUGCGUGAGGCGGAGUACCUCUGCAAGGAUCAUGGUCUUGAAGACGUCAGGACGCAGGUCGGGGUGCUAGAGGAGGAGCUGCGAGGGAAGAAGCGGAAGGCAGCAGAGGAGUCGGUCAGGUCCCUCUUGCAGAAGGCACGAGGGGAGUGGAAGGGAUCGUCCUCCUCCAAGCCCGACUGGAAGCUCAAGUUUGCGAAAGCCCGUGACUUGCUGCAGGAAGCGAGAAAACUGAUGAGGGGGAGCGGGGAGGAGGCUGAGAUGGAGGAGGAGCUGAAGGAGGUCGAGGAGGAGAUGGCGGCUGCGGAGAGGGAGGCAGAGGCAACCAGGGAGGAGAAGCCUGCCGGAGCUCAAGAUGCCCUCAGCUUCUACAUGAACUUCGUACCCAAGGAGGAGACCAAGAACGACUCGAGCGCGUCUGGGCAGGAGGAGACGAUGGAGCCAACGUUCGAGCUGAGCGACAACAGCAUCGAGGACGAGAUUGUGUUCGAGGCUGAGGAGGAGGACGGGGACGACCUUGACGACUGGUGA